CUGCACGUUGCAGCCGCUGCAGCCAGUAGCAGCAAUACAGAGACAUAUGCGGGAUUAUAGCGCUAAACCCGGCCAGCAGCCACAGAGAAGAUUGCAAUUGCGUCUGAGGCUUUUAUUUAAUGCACCGCACCCAAGAAGAAGUCACGAUUGCGUUCCCGUUUCGGAAUUAUUAUUUAUUACUGUGCCAGAGGCCCCUUGAACUGAAUGUAAUGUGAACAUCUACAGCAAUGUGGUUAUUUUCCUGCAGAUGAGCUGCCGUUUUGUCCUCUCCUCCCCCCUCCUAUUCUCCUUUCAUCAUAAUUCAAGAUCAUCUUCAAUUCACUGGACUCUCCUAGACCUGUAUAUGAAGACUGAGUGGGGACCGUAAUGACCGCACGCUUCCGGUUGCCUGCUGGCAGAUCUUACGAUGUGGGAGCGUUGGAGGAGGCCAGAGAGAGACAGCACGCGCAGGUGGUGUGUAACGUUUUACUGCUGGACAACACAGUACAGACCUUCAGAGCCAAUAAGCAAGAUCAGGGGCAGGUCUUGUUGGACGUAGUGUAUAAACACGUGGAGCUAACAGAGCGAGACUAUUUUGGCCUUCAACUAGCAGACGACUCUUCUGACAGCCAGAGGUGGCUGGACCCAAACAAACCUAUUAGAAAACAGCUCAAAAGGCCAUCUCCACAUAAUCUGAGGUUUAGAGUGAAGUUUUUUGUAUGCGACCCUAGUAAACUACAAGAAGAGUACACAAGGUAUUUGUACUUUUUGCAACUGAAGCAGGAUAUUCUGAGUGGCAGACUUCCUUGCCCACAAAAUACUGCAGUUCUUCUGGCUUCUUAUGCUGUUCAGGCUGAGCUGGGGGACCACAGUCACUCCGAACAUUUGCCUGGGUACCUCUCCGAGUACAGCUUCAUUCCCAACCCACCGCAGGACUUUGAGAAAGAGGUCGCCAAACUUCACCAAGAGCACAAUGGACUCACACCAGCUCAGUCCGAGUUUAACUACUUGAAUGCUGCACGGACGCUGGAGCUGUAUGGCGUGGAAUUGCACUAUGCUCGGGACCACUGUAACACAGAGAUUUACGUCGGAGUUUUGUCUGCCGGCAUCUCCGUCUAUAAGGACAGGGUACGAGUCAACCACUUUCCAUGGUUGAAAAUUGUAAAAAUAUCUUUUAAAUCUAAACAGUUUUUUAUACAACUAAGAAAAGAACUGACUGAGAACAGAGAAUCUUUAUUGGGUUUCAACAUGAUGAACUACAGAGCUUGUAAGAACUUAUGGAAGGCCUGCGUGGAGCAUCACACGUUCUUCAGACUGGAGCGGCCCGUUCCUCCGGAGAGAAACCUCUUCCUGCAGUACUUCACCCUCGGAUCCAAGUUUCGCUACUGUGGGAGGACAGAGGCGCAGUCUGUACAGUACGGAAAGGAAAGAGGCAACAAGAACAGAGUUUUUGCAAGGUCGCCGAGCAAGCCUCUGGUCAGAAGACUGAUGAGCGGUUUGGACUGGGAGACCGUCAGCAGGAAUUCCCUCUCGGACGACCGGCUAGAGACUCAGAGUCUGCCGAACCGUUCCCCACCAGACUCGCCCGAUCACAGUAACUCAGUGUUCACCACAGACGGGGCGCGGGUCAGGCCUUCCUCCAUUGGCCACCUAGUUGAUCACGUGAUCGAUGACUCGCCAUGCCAGACGUUCAGCAAUCACAAGUCUGCAUCCUCCACACAGGCCAACAGCAUCAGUCUGGACUCGACACCGUCUCCUGAUGUGACGACAGACGAGCGGCCGCCGGCUCUGCCCCCAAAACAGUCCAGAAGAGACCCUCUGACCCACAACGGCAGAUCCCAGUCUCAGCACGAGCUGGAUGAGCACCUCAGCGAGCUAUACAACGUACCUGCGGCGUCAGGAAAGAGCAUGAAUGGAGCCGUGCCUCAUGAUAAUCUUGUUCUGAUUAAAAUGAGGCCGGAUGAAAACGGACGAUUUGGAUUUAACGUUAAGGGUGGCGCUGAUCAGAGGAUGCCCAUCAUAGUGUCCCGUGUGGCUCCAGGAACUCCGGCUGAUAUGUGUAUGCCGCGCCUCAACGAGGGCGACCAGGUGGUGCUGAUUAACGGCCGUGAUAUCUCAGAGCACACUCACGAUGACGUGGUUAUGCUAAUUAAGGCCAGCUGUGAGGACCAAUCAGGAGAGCUCAUCCUGCUCGUCAGGCCCAAUGCCAUCUAUGAUGUGGACGAGGAGCAGGAGAAGCUGGAUCUGGAGCCAGAUUUCCAGUAUAUUCCGGAGAUGUCCAGUCUGGAGCUGACCCACUCAGAGGCCGAUAGUUUGAGAUCGUCCAUACAGCUGCUGAGAGAAGGGCUGGCCAGCGGGACUGUGGCUGCACAGUUUGAUCAACUGUACAGGAAACGUCCAGGGAUGUUCAUGUCAUGCGCCAGAUUGCCACAAAACGUCUCCAAAAACCGAUAUCGGGACAUUUCUCCAUAUGACACCACUCGAGUCGUGUUGAAGGGGACUGACGAUUAUAUCAAUGCAAAUUUCAUUAAUAUGAAAAUCCCAGGUAAAGGUGAAGUAAAGCGGUAUAUCGCCUGCCAAGGGCCUCUUCCUGGGACAUGCUCUGACUUCUGGCAGAUGGUGUGGGAACAGAGCGCCGCCCUAGUGGUCAUGCUCACCACACAAGUUGAACGUGGCAGGGUUAAAUGUCAUCAAUACUGGCCAAACGUUUCGGCAAGUGGCACCUAUGGAGGCUUUCAGGUUACAUGUGUGUCAGAGGAAGGGAACUCCGCAUACCUGCUCAGAGAUUUGACGCUUACUCACUUGGAGAGUAAAGAAGAAAGGCAGAUUUGUCAGAUGCAGUACUUGGCAUGGCCCGAUCAUGGCGUUCCAGAUGAUUCGUCAGACUUCUUGAACUUUGUCAGUCAAGUAUGCAGCAAAAGAGCAGAGGCGCCGGAACCUGUAGUGGUUCAUUGCAGCGCUGGGAUUGGUCGCACCGGGGUGCUUAUCACCAUGGAGACAGCGAUGUGUUUGAUAGAAAACAGUCAGUCGGUGUAUCCUUUAGACAUCGUCAGAACCAUGAGAGACCAGCGUGCCAUGAUGAUCCAGACCCCUAGCCAGUACCGUUUUGUCUGUGAAGCAAUUCUGAAAGUUUACGAUGAGGAGAUCGUAAAGCCGUGCAAGACUGAGCCUCCAGACGAAAAAGAAGAAUGAACAACCGAUCUUCUGUGAUUUACCACUACUGCCAGUGAGAUCUGCGCUCAGCCCGUUAUCGCCCCCUGCUGGAAGGCGGUGGACAUGACCGCUACAAUACAGACGAAAAAGCACUAUUGCACUUUUCAGCGACAAACAAUGACUUAAGGGCAUUUUUUGUUAAAA